GUGCCGUGCUGCUGAGGCAACGUUAAAACGCUGCGCUCACUGGUGCCCGGAUUGUGGCGUGAGCGCUGAAACAAUCCAGCAAGCACGGUGAUUCCGGGCCACCAAAAAUGAGUAAACGUCGUGUGUAACGGGAAAAUAUAGUGGACAAAAGGUCGACCCUGAUUAGAAAACGGAGAUAGGUCGAGUGCCAGCUCCCGAGACAAGUGCAGGAUGUUGCAAGUUCUGGCUUGCGGUGUCGUAGUUUUUCCCGGUCUCUUCUUCGCCUUUCGGAGAAUACUCCCGUCCAUUUUCAAACAGUGGACCGAUGCAGACGUGGUUCUUGUCAGUGAGAGGCUGGUGUCCUCUAUCCAUGCCGUCAUGGCCACCACGGUUGGGUGCAUCGUGGUGGCAUCGUGUCGGGGCAAUGUCGUUAGUGACAGACACUGGCUGGCCCCCUACUUUGUCAUCUGGUACGGUGUGCCCUACAUGGCGUACGACCUCUACGCCAUGUAUCUCAGCCACUACUACCGCUUCCAGGUCAAAGGGCACGAGGACUACAAGAGGCAUUCGCUGAGCACAGUUAACUCGUUUGUGCGCAAGGAGUUUCUGCUGGUGCUCCACCAUAUCGCCCUGCUCACUGUUCUGCUACCUGUCACUCUGUUCUUCAGGAAGGACCAGGGUGACUUCUUUGUCGGCUGCUUGUUCCUCACAGAGCUCAGCACACCCUUCGUCUCUAUGGGAAAAAUACUCAUUCAGCUGAGUCUCCAGGACUGCCGGCUGCACAAGGCCAACGGCGGCAUGGUGCUGCUCACCUUCUUCGCGUGCCGCAUCGCCCUCUUCCCGUACAUGUACUGGAUGUACGGCCGCCACUACGGCAUCCCCCUCUACGGCGUGCCCUUCCACCUGUCGCUGGCCGCCAACCUGGGCAACUCCUGCAUCCUGGCGCCGCAGGUGUACUGGUUCGUGCUGCUCUGCCGCAAGGGCUUCCGCCUGUACCAGCGCAGCCGCUGCAGGGGCGACGUAGCCGCCCCCGCCCGGGCCGCCGCCGCCACCGCCGCCGCCGUCACGGACAACACCAAAGACUCCGGUCCUUUACGAAGAUCCGCCGCGGUGCGGACGCCCCUCAAACCGCUAACGGGGACCCGUGUGGGCAAAGUGCACGUGGCGAAGGCAGCCAGUGGCGCGCCGCGCUCGUCUCUUGAGACCAAGCGAGAUGGCUGGCUGCUAACACACCGGCCGCGGCAGGGUGGUCAGAGAAAAUCCUAG